ACCUCCCGGCCGCCGGGACACAUUCCUUCACUGUCCGCCGUGCCGUGCGCAUCGUGUGCUACGCUACGCUCUCUGUGCUAAGUUACGUUGUGCUCUGUGCUCCGAUCGCUAGGAUCUGCUCCUCUCAGCUUCAUCAUGUUGCACGAAACCCUUAUCACCUCUGUUGACUCUCAACCCAUGUCAAGGACUUUCCAAUACAAAAAGAUUAUGAAACCAAUGUUGGAACGCAAGCGUCGCGCUCGCAUCAACCACUGUCUGGACCAACUCAAGGAGCUCAUGGUAACCGCCCUCCAGGCCGAGGGUGAGAACAUCUCCAAGCUCGAGAAGGCCGACAUCCUGGAACUGACCGUCCAGCACCUCCACAAGCUGCGCCGUCAGCAGCGCCUCGCUUCCAACCCCGUCAUCGACUCCGACAGAUUCCGCUCCGGGUUCACCCACUGCGCCACGGAAGUCUCCAAGUGCCUGGCCACCAUCCCCGGCGUGGACAUCCACCUGGGCACGAAACUCAUGACCCACUUGGGACAUCGCCUCAACGACCUCGACAUGCUCACCCCGCUGUCCGUGCGAGUACCCGAAAGUGCCUCAGCAUCCCCGGCACCCAGCUCCUCGAGCUCCUCGUACUCGCUGCCACCCUCACCACCCGUAUCAACCCCAUCAUCAUCGCCGACCCCCAGCACGCAGCACCUCCUCAAGGUCUACGAGAAGUGCCCCGCGUCACCCGAGCCCGUCUGGCGGCCGUGGUAAUUUCCUAGGUUAGUUUUUCUUUUAGGUCCUUUAAACUUUCGCCAGUGUCUUUCAUGAGUAGAUAUAUUUUUGUUGUUCCAUUUUGUAGGUUUAGGUUGUUGCUCAUCAGUGCCUCGAUUCGAUGAGCUGUUUAAAAUUUCAAUGUUGCAGCUAGAAUUUUUGUCCCGCGGAUUGAAUUUUAUCAAAUUGUUUCUCACAGUUUUAAUACUCGCGUGCAAGAUAUUUAAUGUUUGUUUUUUUAGCUCGAAACUGCCUUUAAAUUCCGUGAAUUGCUUGUUAAAUGUUUCAUGUUGCGGAACAUUCAAUUUUCGUAGAACAAUUCUGAAUUUUUUCUCUAUCUCGUUUUGAAAUGUCUUUUAAUUUUUCAAGUGCAAAUUCUCGCAUUGAAAUUGUUUUCUACUGAAGAAAUGUUAAUUUUUAUUUCGCCGAAAGUUUGAACUUUGACUCAAAAUUUUUAAUUUUUCACAAUUUCUAGAGGUCAGUAACUGAAUACUGCCUUAAAUUAAGACUUUAAUCGAUUGCCUUUCUCAACUUCAUCGUUCGUGCCUUUUUUUAUCGCAAGUUUUCUCGAGGUAUAUCAAUUAUUUCUCAAGUUGAUGCUGCUCUCAUUUUUCAAAUUUGUUCUUGCAAAAGUUAACGGUAGCAGCUUAAAAUGUACGUUUUUGUUUAAUUUUUUUUUAUAUUUGACGGCACCGCGAUCAUUAUGUAACUGUAGAUAUGCAGUGAUAACCCUCUUUCGUGUAAUAUCGAAAUGUGCAACAUCUGUUACAAGUGCACAAACUUUAAUCAGUGUUUUACUAUCGAGGGUUCACAUUUUCCUAUUUUUGAUCAAAACUUUGUUGAUAAAAUGGUGUGCCUCUGCAUUUACGCCGAUCUAUAUACUACUAAAAUAACGUUCCGUUUUAACAGAUUUUCCCAGUUUGAUAUUUUGAUCUCUAAUAACUUGCUACAUACAAUCUCAUUAUCACGUGUUAAUGUUCAUUUCAAUUAAGAAAACGCAAAAAUUAACUUGAAGUUUGUAAUGUUCAUCUCUAAUUUCUUCUCUGAAGGACUUUCAUAGUAAUUUUAAUCAAUGUUUUCGCACAAAUCUGACUUUCCCCAUUUCAUUGUGCAAUUUAUUUCUCUAAAUUAUGAAGGCAUUAUUAGCACUUCAUUCAAAUCUUCAUUUUGCCGCUGUAAAUUCACGUGACAUUGUUUAGCAUCCUCUCAAUGAGCAGUUAUUAAAAUCUCAUUUAGUGUAAAUAAGUUUCUAGGAAAUAUCUGUGUAAGUAAGUAUUUUGUGAUUGCUGUUUCUGUGAUAAUAAUUUAAUUUAAUGUUAAUAUGGAUUUUGUUAUGUUAUUGAAUGAAUCAAGAUUUGAAAAGAUAUUUUAUUAAAAAUUCUCUCAAUGGUA